CUGAUAACUACAAGCAGCUGAUCACUGAUCAUAAAGAUCAAAAGAUGUAAAAAUAAAAACUGAAACAUAAGUUCAUGAAUUUUGGUUAAAUUAUUGUAAAGAAAGUGCAGCCUUCUAGUUAUUUAUUAAGUUUUGUUUACAAUGGCUUCAAAAUCUAAUACUGAUUUAAAAAAUACAAUGUUAUCGGUUUUUAGUAAAAUUUUAAAACCGGUUAAUCAGGAAAAUAUUCUGUAUCAUUACACACCAAUUGUCGGAUUGACUAGCUAUACUAUUUUGUCUGUGAAUGUGAUGAAUCCUGAUUUGAUUAUUAGUGUCUUCCCAAAGAGAGAUAUAACCAACAUUCUUCUAGUCAAUUCGCUUGUUGGAGUUGGGCUUCAUGUCUAUAACAGGCCGUUCUUGUCUGAUGCUCAGCCAAAAUCCAAAGUUAUGUACUGCGCUUACGGAUCGUUGUUGUUCAGCUUUGGCUCGGUUUUAUUGUGGGCUGUUCUGAGAACCGUUGUACCAGACAAUAAAUUGCUGACCACAGUUCUGGGCCUCGCGUCCGGCUUCACAAUGACAGCCGUCGGCAAAGAGUGUUUGGAUUUUGUCGAUUCAAAAGUCAAGUCAAUCAAGUAGAUGGAAAGUCAUGUCAUUAAAGUGUAUAGUUUAUAACAGUGUGUACAGUCUUACCUGAACUAUAUUUUCGUGUCGAUGUAGCAAUUCUUCGUAGAGUAAUCAUGAAUAGAAUGAUAUCAAUCGAUUUUACGGAAAAAGAACUGGAAAUUAAAUAAGUCUCUGAUUAUUUACUUCAUCGACUGUAAACACAAGAUAUUUUGUUACAUUUGAAAAAUUCUUAUAUCAAAUCUUAAGUUUUAUAUCAGUAUGGUUCUCAUCUCGUUCCAUCUUAGACUACGGUAAUGGUAUUCUAACUUGAAUAUUUGAACAAUAUGACAGCAGACUUGUUAGUGUGUGGGCCAUAAGAACAGAGUAUUACAUUUUAUUAAUCUGCAUUUCUUCUCAAAUAAUUAGAACAUUUUAGAUUCAAGAUUUUAUGGAAAUGUCAUCAUAUUAUAUUAUUGUAAAAGCUAUUAAAUACAGAAUUUUUAUUAUUGGCUUAAAAGCACAGUCAGUCGCAUUAUGUACAAAUUGCCGUUUUAAUUGAAUUUGACUGGGUUAAAUAUUUCAAAGUAAUAAUACCCAGAAUGGAUGGAAUGAUAAAUUUAAUUCAAAAUAUAUAGUGAUGUUCUAUCUAUUUAAAAAUAAUAAAAAUUGACUAUCAUGUA